AUGACUGAAAAGACCCAAGCAAACAAGAAGCACCUCUCUCAGCGUAAUGGAGGUGUGAGAUUUGCUCCUGAGUCGAGGCCGGUGACGAGGGCGCGAGAGGUCGACUACGACACGGACGACGGGGGGGUCUACCGAGCCAAGACCCGCGGCGAUUACUCGAGAGGAGCGAAGGAGAUUCUGGACUCGACUGACACCAAAAUCGAGCUUCCGGUGGAUUUCUUCGACGCGACGGAGUGCAGGAGGAAAUCUACGCAAACUGAGGCCCUCGUGUACAGCCGAUCAAGAGGCGCGCCCUUCACGCCCCUGCUUUUGAAGCGAACGAAACACCUUCUCUCUCCUGCUGGCAAUGGAAGCCUCCGUCGGCGGGUGGGCGUGUGGACAUGUCUGCGGAGACGAAGCGAAACUGUGAUUGAGAAUACC